AUGGAAGGCAUCUUAGACUUUGACAAGGACCUCGACAUUGGUCUCCUCGACCGUGUCGUCGCCGCCAUGUACACUGGUACAGGCCAGGAUCAGAGGAUGGCUCAGCAGACGCUAGCUCAGUUUCAGGAACAUCCCGAUGCUUGGCAGCGCGUACCCGCCGUUCUCCAGCAGAGCUCUUCGCCACAGACAAAGUACAUCUCGUUGCAGAUCCUCGACAAGCUCAUCUCGACACGGUGGAAGAUCCUCCCUGAGGACCAGCAGCAAGGUAUCCGCAACUUUAUCGUCGAAAUGAUCAUCCAGCACUCUUCCGACGAAGCCAACCUCAAGCGUGAGAAGACCUACAUCGGCAAGCUCAACACAACCUUGAUCCAGAUUCUCAAGCAGGAGUGGCCUCACAACUGGCCUUCGUUCAUCCCCGAGAUCGUCUCCUCCUCCAAGGGUUCGCUCUCCAUCUGCGAGAACAACAUGGCCAUCCUCCGUUUGCUAUCCGAAGAGAUCUUCGACUAUUCGGCAGAACAGAUGACCACCUCCAAGACAAAGUCGCUCAAGAACCAGAUGUGCGGCGAGUUUGGCGAGGUCUUCCAGCUUUGCUCCGAGGUGCUCGAAAAAGCGCAGAAGCCCAGCUUGAUCAAGGCAACCCUCGAGACCAUGCUUCGCUUCCUCAAUUGGAUUCCGCUCGGCUACAUCUUUGAGACCAACGUCAUCGACAAUCUCAUCGGUCGUUUCCUCGAGGUCCCUGAGUUCCGUAAUGUCACCCUCAAGUGUCUCUCCGAGAUUGCCAACCUCAACGUUGGAGCCGAGUAUGACCCCAAGUUUGUUGUGCUGUUCAACAUGGUCAUGACCUCGGUCAACCGCAUGAUCCCGCCCUCUACCAACAUCGCAUCCGCCUACGAGACCAGCUCCGACUCUGAACAGGAGCUCGUGCUCAACCUGGCGCUUUUCCUUUGCAAUUUCCUUACAACCCACCUCAAACUCGUCGAGAACCCAGAGAACAAGGAUGUCCUCCUCAACGCACACAUGUACCUCAUCAAGGUAUCCCAGGUGCCCGAACGAGAAGUGUUCAAGAUUUGUCUGGAGUACUGGUCCAAGCUGGUCAGCGAGCUGUACGAGGAGCAGCAGUCUCAGCCCAUCGCCGAGAUGAAUCCUUUGCUAGGCCUCAACCUCGGCAACGGCAUCAGCAACGCCAAUUCGGCCAAUCUGCGCAAGAACAUCUACACCGACAUCCUCUCCAACUUGAGACUGGUCAUGAUCGAGCGCAUGGUCAAACCCGAGGAGGUGCUCAUUGUCGAGAACGACGAGGGAGAGAUCGUCCGAGAGUUUAUGAAGGAGAGCGACACUAUCGUGCUUUAUCAGAGCAUGCGCGAGGUGCUCGUCUACCUUACCCACUUGGACGUUCUCGACACCGAAAACAUCAUGACCGAGAAGCUCGCCAAACAGGUCGACGGCUCUGAAUGGUCUUGGGCCAACCUCAACACACUCUGCUGGGCUAUCGGUUCCAUCUCGGGUGCCAUGAACGAGGAGACCGAGAAGCGUUUCCUUGUUACCGUCAUCAAGGAUCUUUUGGGACUCUGCGAGAUGAAGCGAGGCAAGGACAACAAGGCCGUCGUCGCUUCCAACAUCAUGUACAUUGUGGGCCAAUACCCGCGUUUCUUGAAGGCGCACUGGAAGUUCCUCAAGACGGUCGUCAACAAGAACUUCGAGUUUAUGCACGAGAGUCACGAGGGUGUUCAGGAUAUGGCGUGCGAUACCUACAUCAAGAUCGCACAAAAAUGUCGUCGUCACUUUGUCAUCCAGCAGGCAGGCGAGCAGGAGCCUUUCAUCGAUGAGAUUUUGCGCAACUUGCACCGCAUCACGUUGGAUCUCUCGCCGUUGCAGGUCCACACCUUUUACGAGGCGGUGGGAUACAUGAUUGCAGCACAGCCUAACCGACCCACACAGGAGCGUCUCAUUGCCAAGCUGAUGGAGUUGCCUAACAGCGCAUGGGAUAGCUUGAUGCAGCAGGCACACAACAACGUCGAUGUGCUUGGUAGUCCCGAAAACAUUAAGAUCCUGUCCAACGUGCUCAAGACCAACGUUUCGGCGUGUGUCUCGAUCGGUACCUACUUUUUGCCACAGAUCGGCCGUAUCUACCUCGACAUGCUUGCUCUUUACCGCAGCGUCAGUGGGAUCAUCAGCGCCAAGAUCGAGGCCGAGGGUCUGAUUGCGACCAAAACACCUAUGGUCCGUGGUCUGCGCACUAUCAAGAAGGAGAUCUUGCGUCUUGUCGAGACGUACGUCAAGCGUGCCGAGGACUUGGAGGCAGUUAACGUUAACCUGAUCCCUUCGUUGCUGGAUGCCAUCUUGGGCGACUACAACCGUAAUGUGCCAGCAGCACGAGACGCCGAGGUGCUUAACGUGAUGGCCACCAUCACUUCACGCUUGCAAGGCUUGCUGACGGACAAGAUCGCACCCAUCCUUGACGCCGUGUUCGAGCCUACACUCAACAUGAUCAACCAGGACUUUGCUGAGUUCCCCGAGCACCGUGUUGGAUUCUUCAAGCUUCUUAGGGCCAUCAACCUGUACUGUUUCCCUGCUUUGCUCGAGCUUCCACCACCCAAGUUCAAGCUCACGAUGGAUAGCAUCAUCUGGGCGAUCAAGCACACGAUGCGUGACAUUGCCGACACCGGUCUCAACAUCUGUCUCGAACUGCUCAACAACAUCUCGGGCUCUCCACUUGAGGUUGCUAACGGAUUUUACCAGCAAUACCUGCUCAACAUUAUCCAGGACAUCUUUUUCGUUCUCACCGACUCGGAUCACAAGAGCGGAUUCAAGACGCAGUGCGUUCUGUUGGCACGUAUCUUCGAACUCAUCGAAACAGAUCGCGUCACUGCACCGCUUUGGGACUCUGCAACACAGCAGGAUUCUAAUAUGAACAACCGACUGUUCAUCCGACAGUAUACGACGAAUCUGUUGCGUACUGCUUUCCCUCAUAUGCAGGCGCAGUAUGUCGAGCAAUUUGUGAAUGGGCUCUGUAUGCACUCGAGCGAUUUGAUCGCUUACAAGUUGCACUUGAGGGACUUUUUAAUCACUUCGAGAGAGAUGUUUGGCGGUAGUACCGGGGGUGCACCUGCUGAUAACACGGAUCUGUUUAUUGAGGAUAGAGAGGCAGAGGCACAGAAGAAGGCUGCGGCGGAAAGAGAGGCUGCUGCAAAGGUGCCUGGAAUGUUGAAACCAAGUCAGAUCAAGGAGGAGGAUGAGGAAUUGUGA